AUGAACUCAAUCACUGGUUCUCAACCAGCCAUUCUUCGUGGCUUGGGACUUGGUUUCUACAAAAGGCGAGGUCUUCCCCAGCGCAGCGACAGGAGUCGUCCGGCUCCAGCUCGAGCGCUGAGGAGGGCAUUCCACUUGACUUCGAUCCUCCAAUGGUCCAAGCCUCAGGAGUCUUCCCAGUCCUCGGAUGAAGAGGCGCGGAGACAGCGUGCAGCGCGUGCAGCCAGAAAGGCCAAGCUGAAAGGGCGAGAGAAGGUGUUGGAGGAACGAAGGCAGGCGAAAGAGGAAAGGCAACGGCGGGAGGACAGUGAGGAUGCCCUGGCCCAGGACAGUGAGUCCGAAAAGAAAGCAAAGAAAGCGAAAGACAGCAAGGGCAAAAAACACAAGGACAGAGGAAAAGAAAAAGAAAGAGAGGACUGCGAUGCGAGCAGCCAAAGAAGAAAGGAGAAAAAGAAAGAAAAGAAAAAGAAGGAAAAACGCAAAGAGAAGACGUCUGCGUCGGAAGAUCGGCCUCGGAAGACAGAGAAGGCCAAGAAGAAGGAUGAAAAGGAAAAAAAGAGGGAGAAAACUUCAAAAAGGAAGAAGAAGCCGAAAGACGAGGAAGAUCAGGAGGAACAGGAGGAGGAACAAGAAGAAGAGUGCGCAGAAGAGGAGUCUGAAGUUGAUGCUAAGGCAUUGAAAAGGAAGACCGACAGUCCCAGAGAAAAGCAGCGCAGGAAAAAAUCAAGCUCAUCAUGA